AUGUCAUCAAAAUCAAUUUAUCUAAAAAGCAAUGAGAAUUUAAAUUAUACAUACUUAAAACCGAAAUUUGAAUUCACUCACGUUUAUGAUGGCCUAAUACCGUCGUCAUCUGAUGUAAUUUCAAGCACGAACAAAUCAUUUUCAAAGUUUCGUUAUAAUUCUCAGUCAAAUUUAAAUUCUGUUGACAAUGGUUUCAAUGGUGUCAAGUCAUCGGCAUGUUAUUCAAUGCCAGGUUCACCUAAUACUCAUUCAAAAUAUCCUCAUUUAAUGGGACAGGGUGAUUCAAGUGAAUUAAUUGAGGAUUUUAAUAAUUACAACACAGAUAAUCCAAUUGUUACCAAUAGUAUUAAUAAUAAUAAUAAUAAUAAUAAUAAUAAUAAUCACACUCAUACAGGACGAUUUGAACGUUUACGUGAUUUAUUGGGCACAUUUAAAAAAGAGAAUCAUUCAACUACACAACAGAAUGAUCACUACUUAUAUUUGGAUGAAAAAUCUUUAGAGCAUAGAAUACAAUGUCAAGCAUCAAAUAUAAUUUUACCAGUAUCUUUCUAAUUCAUUGUUUGUAUAAUUUGAAAUGUUUUCUCUGAUUAUAACUAUUUCUCUUUCUUUCUUACAGUGUCAUUUAUUAUUAUUAUUAUUAUCAUUUUUUAAAGAGCUUAUAUCUGAUCUGCCUCUCAUCUCUGUUUACAUUCAUCUUACUUUAUUAUGCGUGUAGAAAUGCUGAAUUAUCUAGUGUGUAUGGUUCUUCUUUUUUUUUCUUGUUAGAAAAAGAAAUUUAAUGUUUACCCAAUUUGUAGACAAAUAGAUAGAUAGCAAUGACAAACAGUAAAUUCUUUAAAUUUUACUGGCUACUCUACUUGUGAAUAGUUUACAUGGUAACUCACUAAAAUUAAUCUGAUCAUGUUUGUUUGUUUGUUUUCUUCUCUUCUUUCCAUUUCACCAUUGUAUUUAUUGUGAUCCAUUGUCUGAGACCGUUUUUUCAUAUGUAGCUUCUUAUUUUUUUGUCUUUUCGUUUUUUUUUCGCGUCUAUCAUUAGUGUUUAGUGAAUUGGGAAGAGGUACACUUUCGUUUGUUUAUUUUUGGGAUCCCAAUUCUAAUCUGAUGGGCACUACUUUCAUUUUUUUUUUGUUUUUCGAUCACCUUUUUUUUAACGAAUACCGUAUACUACUAACACAUCAAUCAUACCAUUGAUAUAUUUCAAACACAUCUAUCUCAUUAUUGAUUAAUGUAGUUAGUUAGUUUAAGAUAAAUGGUUGUUAUUUA